AUCAGACCUGACCAACUCCACCAUGAAACUACAGCUGCUGAUCAUGAUGAACACAUGUGCCAUGGUGUUGCUGCUGUGUGGAGCAGCUGUUCAUUCAUUCAGAUUUGAUGAGCUGAUAAAAUAUGUGGACGAUCAUCAGGAGGAGUAUGUGCAGACUCUGCGGGAGUGGGUUGCUGUGGAGAGCGACUCCAGUGAUGUAACAAAGAGGGCGGAGCUGUACCGUAUGAUGGACAUGGUUGGGGAGAAGCUGAGGAAGAUGGGGGGGAAGGUGGAACUGGUGGACAUUGGUGAAGAGCAGCUGCCAGACGGUAGCAGUCUAGCUUUACCUAAAGUGGUCACAGCUCAGUUCGGCAGUGAUGUGAAUAAGCCCACAGUGUGUGUGUAUGGACACGUGGACGUCCAGCCAGCACAAAAAGAGGAUGGGUGGGCCACCGAACCAUACAACCUCACAGAAAUCAAUGGUAAUCUUUAUGGGCGUGGUGCGUCUGAUAAUAAAGCUCCAGUGCUUGCGUGGAUCCACGCAGUCGAGGCCUUUAAAGCUCUGGACAUGGAUCUGCCUGUAAAUGUGAAAUAUCUUAUUGAGGGGAUGGAGGAGACGGGCUCUAACGGACUGGACGCCAUGAUUAAGUCUCAGAAGAGCACCUUCUUCUCUGAUGUGGAUUACAUCAUCAUCUCCGACUGCGGAUGGCUCAGUAAACGACCCGCCCUCACCUACGGCACCCGUGGCAACUGCUACUUUUUCGCUGAGGUGGAGGGUCCGAAGCAGGAUUUACACUCCGGAGUGUAUGGAGGCACAGUGAUUGAGCCCAUGACCGACCUGAUCGGGAUUUUAGACACGCUGAUCAGCCCCAGCGGGACCAUCCUGAUCCCCGGAAUCAGAGAUGCCGUGGCUCCCUUCUCUGACGAAGAGUGGAAGAUGUAUCAGGACAUUGAGUUUGAUGUGGAGAGCUACAGAGAGAAGAUCGGAGUGGAGCAGCUGAUGUACAACAACAAGGUGGAGCUGUUGGCCCAUCGCUGGCGUCACCCCACUGUCUCCAUCCACGGCAUCAAUGGAGCUUUCUCUGCCCCCGGAACAAAAACUGUCAUACCUGCUAAAGUCACGGGCAAAUUCUCCAUCCGCCAGGUGCCGGACAUGGACCCCGCCGUGGUGGAGAAACAGGUGACUGACCACCUGCACUCUGUGUUUGCCAAGCGGAAAAGCCCCAACAAGCUGAAGGUGAAGAUGAUUAUCGGAGCUAAACCAUGGCUUGCUGACAUCAAGCACUCACUGUACGAGGCAGGAAAAGCAGCAGUGAAAAGAGUGUUUAACGUGGACGCUGACAUGAUCCGAGAGGGGGGGACAAUCCCCAUCGCCAGAACGUUUCAGGACGUGACGGAGAAGAGCAUCAUAAUGCUGCCCAUUGGAGGCUUCGACGAUGGCCUUCACUCUCAGAACGAGAAGAUGAGCAGGUACAACUACAUUGAGGGAACCAAGAUGUUCAUUGCCUACCUGCAGGAGGUGGCUCAGAUUAAGAAGGACUGAUCAGAUGCUGGGAGAGUUUCUCCACCCCUCAGCUGAAGAGUCUCAGCUUUCAUACAGCACUUUGCUCCUCAGAAUUCAUACAUUACCGUGUUUACUGCUUUUAUCUGUUUCAUUAUUAUUAUGAUAACUUACUGUGUUUGUUUGUUUUCAAACCUCUCUCUCACUUCUUGCUCUACCAUGUCUUGGAAUCGAUUAAAGUUUGAUCAUAUUAAAC